AUGGCCUCUGGAAGCUGCGCAUGCCGCUAUAUCCGAUACACUACAACUACCCCGCCAGCGGAUCCUGUCUACUGCCACUGUGUCGAGUGCCGCAAACAAUCCGGUGCUCCCUACCAAACAUGGCUAGACUUCCCAAGGGACGCUAUUAAAUGGAGUGCCGAGCCAACUGUCUGGAGAUCUAGUGACACCGCAUCGCGUAGCUUCUGCCCACGCUGUGGUUCAACUAUGACGAUGACGCUGGAUAAUGAUCCGUCCACUACAGCUGUCGCUGGGGGGACGCUGGAUGUUGAAUCGGAGCAUUUGGUGUCUAGGCCUGGAAAGCAUAUCUUCUACAAGGAGAAGGCGGCUUGGUAUGAUGCGCCGGAUGAUGGGUCAAGGGUAUUUAAAGGGUGGAAUGAGUGA